ACUUUUAUAGUAUUGAAUAAAGGGAAGGCCAUCUUCCGGUUCAGUGCCACCUCUGCCCUGUACAUUUUAACUCCCUUCAAUCCUCUUAGGAAAAUAGCUAUUAAGAUUUUGGUACAUUCAUUAUUCAGCAUGCUAAUUAUGUGCACUAUUUUGACAAACUGUGUGUUUAUGACAAUGAGUAACCCUCCCGACUGGACAAAGAAUGUAGAGUACACCUUCACAGGAAUAUAUACUUUUGAAUCACUUAUAAAAAUUAUUGCAAGGGGCUUCUGUUUAGAAGACUUUACUUUCCUUCGGGACCCGUGGAACUGGCUCGACUUCACUGUCAUUACAUUUGCAUACGUGACAGAGUUUGUGGACCUGGGCAAUGUCUCAGCACUAAGAACAUUCAGAGUUCUCCGAGCACUGAAAACAAUUUCAGUCAUUCCAGGCCUGAAGACCAUUGUGGGGGCCCUGAUCCAGUCCGUGAAGAAGCUUUCUGAUGUCAUGAUCCUGACUGUGUUCUGUCUGAGCGUGUUUGCCCUGAUUGGGCUGCAGCUGUUCAUGGGCAACCUGCGGAAUAAAUGUGUACAAUGGCCUCCCACCAAUGCUUCCCUGGAGGAACACAGUAUAGAGAGGAAUGUAACUAUGAAUUACAAUGGCACGCUUGUCAAUGAAACUCACUUUGAGUUUGACUGGAAAUCAUAUAUUCAAGAUACAAGAUAUCAUUAUUUUCUGGAGGGUGUUUUGGAUGCACUACUAUGUGGAAAUAGCUCUGAUGCAGGUCAAUGUCCAGAAGGAUAUGUGUGUGUGAAAGCUGGUAGAAAUCCUAAUUAUGGCUAUACAAGCUUUGAUACCUUCAGUUGGGCUUUUUUGUCUCUGUUUCGACUGAUGACUCAGGACUUCUGGGAAAAUCUGUAUCAACUGACAUUACGUGCUGCUGGAAAAACAUACAUGAUCUUUUUUGUGCUGGUCAUUUUCUUGGGCUCAUUCUAUCUGAUAAAUUUGAUCCUGGCUGUGGUGGCCAUGGCCUAUGAGGAACAGAAUCAGGCCACCUUGGAAGAGGCAGAACAGAAAGAGGCUGAAUUUCAGCAGAUGCUUGAACAGCUUAAAAAGCAACAGGAGACAGCUCAGUGGCCAACAUUAAAUAUGCUAAUAAAGAUCAUUGGCAAUUCUGUGGGGGCUCUGGGUAACCUCACCUUGGUGUUGGCCAUCAUUGUCUUCAUUUUUGCUGUGGUCGGCAUGCAGCUAUUUGGUAAAAGCUACAAAGAUUGUGUCUGUAAGAUCUCCACCAGCUGUGAGCUCCCACGCUGGCACAUGAAUGACUUCUUCCACUCCUUCCUGAUUGUGUUCCGCGUGCUGUGUGGAGAGUGGAUAGAAACCAUGUGGGACUGUAUGGAGGUCGCUGGUCAAGCCAUGUGCCUUACUGUCUUCAUGAUGGUCAUGGUGAUUGGAAACCUGGUGGUCCUGAACCUCUUUCUGGCCUUGCUUCUGAGCUCAUUUAGUGCAGACAAUCUUGCAGCCACGGAUGAUGAUAAUGAAAUGAACAAUCUCCAAAUAGCUGUGGACAGGAUGCACAAGGGAAUAGCUUACGUGAAGAGAAAAAUAUAUGAAUUUAUUCAACAAUCCUUUGUUAGAAAACAAAAGAUUUUAGAUGAAAUUAAACCACUUGAUGACCUAAACAAUAAGAAAGACAGUUGUAUGUCCAAUCAUACAACAGAAAUUGGAAAAGAUCUUGACUAUCUUAAAGACGUGAAUGGAACCACAAGUGGAAUAGGAACCGGCAGCAGUGUUGAAAAAUACAUUAUUGAUGAAAGCGAUUACAUGUCAUUCAUAAAUAAUCCCAGUCUUACUGUGACUGUACCAAUUGCUGUUGGAGAGUCUGACUUUGAAAAUUUAAACACAGAGGACUUCAGUAGUGAAUCAGAUCUCGAGGAAAGCAAAGAGAAACUGAAUGGAAGCAGUAGUAGUUCCUCUGAAGGCAGCACUGUAGACAUUGGGGCACCUGCCGAAGAGCAGCCUGUGGUGGAACCUGAGGAAACCCUUGAACCUGAAGCCUGUUUCACUGAAGGCUGUGUACAAAGAUUUAAAUGUUGUCAAAUCAGUGUGGACGAAGGGAGGGGAAAACAAUGGUGGAACCUGAGAAGAACGUGUUUCCGAAUAGUUGAACAUAAUUGGUUUGAGACCUUCAUUGUCUUUAUGAUUCUCCUUAGUAGUGGUGCACUGGCAUUUGAAGAUAUAUAUAUUGAUCAGCGAAAGACAAUUAAGACAAUGUUGGAAUAUGCUGACAAGGUUUUCACUUACAUUUUCAUCCUGGAAAUGCUUCUAAAAUGGGUGGCAUAUGGCUAUCAAACAUAUUUCACCAAUGCCUGGUGUUGGCUGGACUUCUUAAUUGUGGAUGUUUCAUUGGUCAGUUUAACAGCAAAUGCCUUGGGUUACUCAGAACUUGGCGCCAUCAAAUCUCUCAGGACACUAAGAGCUCUGAGACCUCUGAGAGCCUUAUCACGAUUUGAAGGGAUGAGGGUGGUUGUGAAUGCCCUUUUAGGAGCAAUUCCAUCCAUCAUGAAUGUGCUUCUGGUUUGUCUUAUAUUCUGGCUAAUUUUCAGCAUCAUGGGCGUAAAUUUGUUUGCUGGCAAAUUCUACCACUGUAUUAACACCACAACUGGUGACAUGUUUGACAUCACCGAAGUGAAUAAUCAUUCUGAUUGCCUAGAACUAAUAGAAAGAAAUGAGACUGCCCGAUGGAAAAAUGUGAAAGUAAACUUUGAUAAUGUAGGAUUUGGGUAUCUCUCUUUGCUUCAAGUUGCCACAUUUAAGGGAUGGAUGGAUAUAAUGUAUGCAGCAGUUGACUCCAGAAAUGUGGAACUCCAGCCUAAGUAUGAGGAAAGUCUAUACAUGUAUCUUUACUUUGUUAUUUUCAUCAUCUUUGGGUCCUUCUUCACCUUGAACCUGUUUAUUGGUGUCAUCAUAGAUAAUUUCAACCAGCAAAAAAAGAAGUUUGGAGGCCAAGACAUCUUUAUGACAGAAGAACAGAAGAAAUACUAUAAUGCAAUGAAAAAAUUAGGAUCGAAAAAGCCACAAAAGCCUAUACCUCGACCAGGAAACAAAUUUCAAGGAAUGGUCUUUGACUUUGUAACCAGACAAGUUUUUGACAUAAGCAUCAUGAUUCUUAUCUGUCUCAACAUGGUCACAAUGAUGGUAGAAACAGAUGACCAGAGUGAAUAUGUGACUAGCAUUUUGUCACGCAUCAACCUGGUGUUUAUUGUGUUGUUCACUGGAGAGUGUGUGCUGAAGCUCAUCUCCCUCCGCCAUUAUUAUUUUACCAUAGGCUGGAAUAUUUUUGAUUUUGUGGUUGUCAUUCUCUCCAUUGUGGGCAUGUUUCUGGCUGAGCUGAUAGAAAAAUACUUUGUGUCCCCUACCCUGUUCCGAGUGAUCCGUCUCGCCAGGAUUGGUCGAAUCUUGCGUCUGAUCAAAGGGGCCAAGGGGAUCCGCACGCUGCUCUUUGCCCUGAUGAUGUCCCUUCCUGCCUUGUUUAACAUCGGCCUCCUGCUCUUCCUGGUCAUGUUCAUCUACGCCAUCUUUGGAAUGUCCAACUUUGCCUAUGUCAAAAAGGAAGCUGGAAUUAAUGACAUGUUCAACUUUGAGACCUUUGGCAACAGCAUGAUCUGCCUGUUCCAAAUUACCACCUCUGCUGGCUGGGACGGAUUGCUAGCACCUAUUCUUAACAGUAAGCCCCCUGAUUGUGAUCCUAAUAAAGUUAACCCUGGAAGCUCAGUUAAGGGAGAUUGUGGAAACCCCUCUGUGGGGAUUUUCUUUUUUGUCAGUUACAUCAUCAUAUCAUUUCUGGUUGUGGUGAACAUGUACAUUGCUGUCAUCCUGGAGAACUUCAGUGUUGCUACCGAGGAAAGUGCAGAGCCCCUGAGUGAGGAUGACUUUGAGAUGUUCUACGAGGUUUGGGAGAAGUUUGAUCCUGAUGCCACCCAGUUUAUGGAAUUUGAAAAACUAUCUCAGUUUGCCGCUGCUCUCGAACCCCCCCUCAAUUUGCCACAACCGAACAAACUCCAGCUCAUUGCCAUGGAUUUGCCUAUGGUCAGUGGUGACCGAAUCCACUGUCUUGACAUCUUAUUUGCUUUUACAAAGCGGGUUCUGGGAGAGAGUGGAGAGAUGGAUGCUCUCCGAAUACAGAUGGAAGAGCGAUUCAUGGCUUCCAACCCAUCAAAGGUCUCUUAUCAGCCAAUAACUACGACUUUAAAACGGAAACAAGAGGAGGUGUCUGCCGUGAUUAUUCAGCGUGCUUACAGGCGCCACCUUCUAAAGCGAACUGUAAAACAAGCUUCAUUUACGUAUAAUAAAAAUAAAAUCAAAGGUGGGGCUAAUCUUCUUGUAAAAGAAGACCUGAUAAUUGACAGAAUAAACGAAAACUCGAUUACGGAAAAAACUGAACUGACCAUGUCCACAGCAGCUUGUCCACCUUCCUAUGAUCGGGUAACAAAGCCAAUCGUGGAAAAACAUGAGCAAGAAGGCAAAGAUGAAAAAGGCAAAGGGAAAUAAAUGAAAAUAAAUAAGAAUAAUUGGGUGACAAAUUGUUUACAGCCUGUGAAGGUGAUGUAUUUUUGUCAACAGGACUCCUUUGGGAGGUCAAUGCCAAACUGACUGUUUUUACACAAAUCUACUUAAGGUCUGUGCCUACAAUAAGACAGUGACCCCUUGUCAGAAAACUGUAACUCUGUGUAAAGGGAAGACGACCUCGACAGGAGGUUACUGUUCUCACUACCAGCUGACACUGCUGAAGAUAAGAGACAAAAUGGCUACUCAGACUGUAAGGACCAGUUCAAAGGGGUGCAAACCUAUAAUUUGUGGGUUGUUUAACAUGAAACACUUUAGUGUAGUAAUUGUAUCCACUCUUUGCAUUUCAACUGCCACAUUUGUCACAUUUUUACAAAAUCUGUUAGGGGAUUCAUCUUUUUUUUAAUCCAUAUGUUGUUUAUUAUAUGUGACUAUUUUUGUAAAUGGGGUUUCUGUUGUGAAAUAGACAAAGGGCCUCUUCAAUUGUUAGCGCAAUCACACGGCCUCCCAUCUGCACAAAGGUGUGGUGUGCAUGAGGGCAUGCUGCACUUAGAGAUCAUGCAUGAAAAAACAAGUCACAAGGAAAACAAUGAGUUCUUAAAUUCCAUCCAUGUUUCUGGGAGGGGUAAUUGGGUGAUAAUUGGAGGUGCUUUGCUGAUCUUGUUUUGUCAAAUCCAGCCCCCAGACCAAGUAGAUCAUUUCUGGGGGGUAGGCCAUUAAAUCUUAGCAGGUGCAAACUUCCUUCAACUGUCUGGAGUCAUAAAUGUUGUGUUUCCGUUUAUUGUAUUUAAAAACAAAACAAAACAAAACUGAGAAAUGAGCAUUGUUUCUCCCCUGAAGACUGACCAAAAGAACCCUUUAUAAAUUUCUGCUUAAUCCUGCACUUUGGUUAGCCAUCUUCAGCUCAGCAAGGUUGACAACUGUGUAUGUUAAUGAAAUGCUAUUUAUUAUGUAAAUAGUCAUUUUACCCUGUGGUGCACGUUUGGGCAAACAAAUAAUGACCUAAGCACAGUAUUUAUUGCGUCAAAUAUGUACCACAAGAAAUGUAGAGUGCAAGCUUUACACAGGUAAUAUAAUGUAUUCUGUACCAUUAUAGAUAAUCUGGACGCUACCAGUGCAUGUUUAUAUUACCAUGCUGCUGUAUCUGCUUUCUCCCACUGCUCAGAAUCUCAUUUAUGAGAAACCAUAUGUCAGUGGUAAAGUCAAGGAAAUUGUUCAACGGAUCUCAUUUCUUUAAGCCAUUAAGCAAUAGUUUGCAGCACUUUAACAGCUUUUUGGUUAUUUUUAAAUUUUAAGUGAAUAACAUAUGGUGUAUAGCCAGACUGUACAGACAUGUUUAAAACAACAACAACAACAAACACUGCUUAACCUGUUAAAAAAUGUGUUUAGGAUUUUAUAAGCAAAUAUAAAUACUGUACAAAGUCAUUUUAUUUUGUUUUUCAGCAUUAUGUACAUAAAUAUAAAGAGGAAAUUAUCUUCGGGUUGAUACCACAAGCACUUUUCUUACUUUCUGUCCAUAGUACUUUUUCAUGGAAGACAUUUGCUAAAUAAGAAAAGAAAAACAGGACUGGGUAGUUGUAGAUUUCUGCUUUUUUAUUACAUUUGCUAAUUCUAGCUUAUUUCAUAAUUUUAAGGGGCAAUAUAUGUUCACAAGUCACGUCCAAAUUAUGCUCUGCAAUUGGAAAAGGGUAUAAAAUUUUAUUUACAUUUUUGGUAGUGCCUGCACAAACUGAUUGAAGGUGAUGCUUUUUUUUUUUUUUUCUCAUUUUUGUCCUUUUCGUUCUAACUUCUGUUCAUGUUUUCAUUGCUUUGGAGUCAUGCUGCUCUAGAUUGCUCUAAAUAUAAUGCGGGUUUUGCAAUUUUUUUUUUCCCACAAGAACAGAGAGUAGUGAACUUACAGAGACAAUUACAUCAGGACAUUUUGUGUUUCUUACAGAAGCAAACCAUAGGCUCCUCUUUUUCUUAAAAUUACUUAGAUAAACUGUAUUCGUGAACUGCAUGCUGAAAAAUGCUACUAUUACCCUAAAUGAUGCUAGCCAACAUUAAAAAUGUGCAAAACUAAUAAAGAUUACAUUUUUUAUUUUA